GCUGUCACCCGAACAUCUGCAUCCGUCUGGAUCUUCGGUUCUCAACGGUAUUGACGUUUGCAUUUGCAGGCAGGGCUCGGCACGGAACGGAGUCAACGGAACUGUCACGAUAUCAGACAUCCCGAGCCGUGCAAGCACCAUGGCGACGCAGUACCCCGAGUCCCGCGUCCUCGUCAUCAUGACCGGCGGCACCAUUUGCAUGAAGAGUUCUCCCGAGGGACUUGUGCCUGCGAGGGGCUUCCUGGAGCAGGGGAUGGCGCCGCGGCCGAGUUUUAAUGACGGGAGCCAGCCUGACCCCCUCCCAGUCUUCACUUCCCCCCAUACCAAAACCUUCCUCCCCUCCCUCCGCACACCACCCUCCGCCUACUCCAGACACAUUCGCUACACGCUCUUUGAAUUCCCCACCCUGCUCGACAGCUCCUCCAUCUCCUCUGCGGGCUGGUCCCAAAUCGCCACAACCCUCCAAUCCAACUACCCCCUCUUUGACGGCUUCGUCAUUCUGCACGGCACCGACAGCCUAGCCUACACUUCCUCUGCCCUCUCCUUCACUCUGCACGAUCUCGGGAAGCCCGUCAUCUUGACAGGCUCCCAAGCUUCCAUCUUCGCCUUACAAUCCGAUGCCGUGGAUAAUUUACUAGGGUCGCUGAUCAUAGCAGGCACGUUCAUGAUCCCCGAAGUAUGCCUCUUCUUCCACCACUCCCUCUAUCGCGGGAACCGCACCACCAAGAUCUCCGCUUCAUCCUUUUCAGCAUUUGCCUCCCCGAACUGUGAACCACUUGCCACGAUCUCCGCGAGUGGGACGGAGGUGAACUGGAGUUUAAUCCGCCGCUCUACAUCAAUCGCGAAGUUCAGCAUUCAAACCAACCUCGACACCGCACACGUAGCCUGCUUGCGAAUCUUCCCCGGUAUAAAGCCCGAGAUGCUAGAUUCAGUCCUCCGCGUUCCGAACUUAAGGGGGUUGAUACUGGAGACGUUCGGUGCAGGCAAUGCCCCCUCCGGCGAAGAUGGGAGUAUGACAGCCGUCAUCGAAGCAGCGAUCGCUCGCGGUAUAAUCAUCGUCAACGUCAGCCAAUGCCAAACUGGCUUCGUGUCUCCGCUCUACGCCCCAGCCGGCGCCUUAGUCAAAGCGGGCGUUAUUUUCGGCCACGAUCUCACCACCGAAGCCGCAUUGACAAAACUGAGUUAUCUACUCGCGCUGCCCGGGUUAUCUUAUGGCGAUACUGUGAGCCAGAUGCAGAAGUCUCUCAGAGGCGAGAUGACCGAAGCCCACAACACCGUCUUCAAACACCCGAAUUCCGAGGUCCCGAGUAUCACAGAUCAGCAGACCGCCUUUACGGCUCUGGGAUACGCCAUCUCGAAUGGUGAUCUGGAGACCGCCAAAUCGCUACUCGACGGUGACAGGUUCGACCUCCUCCACUUCACAGACUAUGCGGGGAAUUCGGCGGUCCAUAUUGCUACCGUUAGUAUCGGUUCCGGGGAUGGUGGAGAUGUGUUGAAGGAAUUGCUCAGCAGAGGAGCGAGUGUGCAUGUGAGGAAUAAUGCGGGCAAUAGUCCGUUGUUCCUAGCGAAGAAGGUUGGCAAUGAGAGGGCGGUCGGCAUGUUGGAGGAGGCGGGCGCGCAUUUGCACGUUGAGGAGGUGGAGUGGUUGGGGGUCAAGAGUCCGUUGUAUGAGAGAUGAGAUGGGGGUGCGAGGUGCUGGGAAUAGGACGUGAGGUCGUUUGAUUUGCAUUU